GGAUUCCAUCGCAAACAUGUUCUUUAAGGUAUCUGUGUUAGUGGCGCUCGCAGUGGCCGUCGCAGCCCGACCCGAGACUCCUUCCUACACUCCUCCCAGCCCAUCCUACAACGCUCCCGCCCAUCCUUCUCCUUCAUACAGUGCUCCCACGUACCAUGAUGUUCCAGCCCAGUACAACACCCAGUAUGCCGUGAGCGACGAAUACUCAGGUAACAACUUUGGGCAUCAAGAGGACCGCGACGGCUACAAGACCCAGGGAACGUACUACGUGCAGCUCCCCGACGGCCGUCUGCAGAAGGUCACCUACUACGUCGACGGCGACUCCGGCUACGUGGCAGAGGUGACCUACGAAGGGGAAGCUCAGUACCCAGCCUAUCAGCCCGCUCCAUCAACCUCUUAUCAGCCAGCUCCUUCUCCGUCCUACGCUUAAUUCACUUGCUGUAUUCCGUAAAACUUGAACUCUGAGAUCCAUUAUUUAUUUAUAAUAAAUAUCGUACCUG